AGCAAAGUCGGCCUAUCCCUGUGUAUGGGGAAGCUGGAGACUAAAGUAACAUUGGAGCUUUAUCCAACCUAUGCGCAAAUCAAAACAACAACAAUCCUAGAUCUGCCCGGCCACUCCGAACUGCUCGUCUCCCUCGACUGAAGAUGUGAUACGGCUGUGCUUUUUACGGCCUGUCAUCAGAUCUGUUCCCCCCAAUUGCGCGCCACAAGUCUCAGUAUCCUUUGUACGACAACCACCCCGCCAUCUGCCUCGUACCAUCUGGCAUCGACGUCAACCAUGUCGCGCAUCCGCCGUCUUCUGCCUUUCUCCCCAUCCACGACGCCGCUGCAGGCCACGACUUACCUGCUGGGCAUAUCGCUCUUCAGCAUCUCCUUCCUCGUCUUCCUCAACUCGGCCGUCUCGUUCCUUAUCACCGACCUGCUCGACAUCAAGACCAACGUCGGCGACAUUGUCGGCACCCUCGGCUUCGUCGAUGAGAUCGUCGCGCUCGUCGCCUGUCCCGUCUGGGGUCUGGUGAGCGACAGGCUGGGCGUGCGCUGGGUUGCCGUACUGGGAUACGCGGUCAUCGGCCUCAGCCUGUUCUGCUUCGUGCAGGUGGGCCAGGGCUGGGAAGGCGUGAGGGGUCUCGUGGCUGUCAGGAUCCUCUUCGCGGUCGGCGCCACGGCCGCCGCGACCAUGGUCACCGCCAUACUGCCAAGCCUGACGGAUGACGACGACGCCGGUGCUGACGCCGGGGACCCGCACGAGGAGAGGACGGUCGCGAGGAAACCGGCCGGGCAUAACAGCAAUCGCGACAGCGUCGCCAUGAGCUUCGAGAGCGAGGUCACCAUCACGCCGGAGCGGUACAGAGACUUGAGCGCCGACGGCAGGAGCAGUAGAGGCGGCGACGGAGGAGAUGAGGAUAUGCGACAGGAUGACAAGGGCAGGAAGCCAUCUGCGCUUGCGGGUCUUGUGGGCCUUUUCACGGGAUGCGGUGCUCUGGUGGCGCUGAGUCUGUUCUUGCCUCUGCCUGCACGAUUUUCUAAAGGCGAGGGCGUCACGCCGGCUCAGGCAAUCACCUCGAGUUUCUACGUUGUGGGAACCGUGGCUUUGGUGGUUGCAGUCUUUGUGUUCUUUGGACUUCAGGGGCUCAAAGGCGAAGAAGGCAAGGGCUGGCGGAUGCUGCUGGGGUCGCGGAGGAAGGGCGCAGAUGCUUCGAACGGGGAUGCUGUUCUGCCUGACGAAUCAAAGGCGUACAGGCCAUUAGCAUACCGUCACCUCCUUCUUUCGUCCCUGCGUCUGGGCUUGACCGACUCGCACAUCGCCAUUGGCUAUCUCGGGGGCUUCGUUGCGCGGGCCAGCACUGUGGCGAUCAGUCUUUUCAUCCCGCUAUACAUCAACACUUUCUUUAUCAGUAAUGGUUUCUGCCAGGGGUCACCGCACGAUCCGUCGCCUGAGCUCAAGAAGGAGUGCCGCGCGGCUUAUAUUCUGUCGUCUAUCCUUAGCGGUGUCGCUCAACUUAUCGCGCUGUUAUGCGCGCCUUUGUUUGGAUAUUUGAGCGCGAGGCGGUGGAGAGGCGUGAACCUACCGAUUCUGGUGUCUACUUUAUGUGGUGUUGUCGGCUAUAUCGCGUUCCCACAGCUGCAGAGUCCGGAGUACAAAGACAUCAACGGCAGAGGUGGUAGUGGAGUUGUCUUCUUAAUUGUCGCAUUGCUGGGCAUCAGUCAGAUAGGAGCCAUCGUGUGUAGUCUUGGCUCGCUGGGCCGAGGUGUGCUGAGCGCAGACUUGCCUCCUACGUCUUCGGCGGCGGCAGCGACAGAACAGGGUAACAGCGAGGGAGAGGCGGCGCCUUUGCUUGAGAAUGGAAACAGCGCGGGCACGGGAGGAGAUGAGAAACUCAUCUCGCGGGUCCAGCUAAAGGGCUCGGUGGCGGGCGUCUAUUCAUGGUGUGGCGGCGCUGCGAUUUUGUUACUGACAAAAUUGGGAGGAUACCUCUUCGAUGUUGCGAGCACUGGAGCGCCGUUCUAUUUGAUGGCAGGUUUUAAUGCCAUGCUUCUUGUCGCCGUGGUGGCCAUUGAUCUUGGAAAGGGGGUCAAGGCUGUUAGAUCAUAGAAAACAUUAAGGUUAUAUGUAAGCAAAGAAACGAGACCGGUUAUGCAAGCACAAUACUAGAGU